CAACUAGUGAAUAUUUCAUCUAUGGUUUAUAGGAUGAUUACCAAACAGAUUUCCUUAAACUGAUGUGCAGUAUAGGAUUAAGAAAAGCGUCUUUACACUAAUUCAAUUUAAUUCUAAAACAAAACCUGAUUAAUUUGAUGUGCAAAUAAAUCAUUGUAAUAUUUAGACACUACCGCUUUAAAAAAAAGUGAUACACAUACAACACAUCAAUGCGUAGUUACGGCCUUGUGUAGCACAAAACAUGUCCGUAUAUCACUCUAUGACAAGGUUAAUAUUAUUAUUAACGAAUGUUCUAACGCAAUUUGUAGGUCAAUAAUAAUUGAUCGAUAAGAAGACGACCAUGUUUUUUUGAAUUGGAAUCAAUUAUUCAAAAUACAUUUUAAAGAUUUCAACGCGUUGAAUUCUCGUUUACUGAUUUUAGGAUUACUUGUGUACAUUCCACUGUAAUAACUAUUUGUACAUUCCUAUCAAAUCUGUGAUUAGACCACUAGCUGUUGGUACACAAUAUUCAUCUAUUUAUUUAUUUAGUGAAAAAAGUUAUAUUUAUCAUAACAAGCAUUCAACUUUGAAAGCUUAUUUUGUUUUGCGUACACAUGUUCGUCAGACCGCCUACAGUUCGAACAACCAGAAAUCCUCGUAGAAGACCCCCACAUAUAUUCAAUUUGGGCGAAGCAAAUCGUCCACUGUUACGACAAGUGAUCAGAAGUCGUCGAUCAAAUCCAGUCCGUGAAGCAUAUGUUUUAGAAGUUAGAGAAGGUCCUGUGGUUAACAGCAACGCAAAUGCAGCUACUGCAAGUAUGAUACCCCAGCCAUGGGUUACUGUGCGCGACUAUUAUAAGGGAAAUGACUUUGUUAGUCUUCCUGUUUCUAUUUGUAACACACUGCUGAAGCACCUUAUGACAUGUGCUUUAGUUGAUCAUGAACACCAAGUAGAAAGCUCUGAAGAUAGUGAAAUUGAGUGUACUUUUUCACCUUCCCCCAAAGUUGGAGAAGAGGCAAGUUUAACUGAAACGUCCGGUGAAACAGUAUCACAGGUUGAAGGGGGAGCCUCUGAAGGUACAAAAGUUACCAAGAAAGUGUCUUCAGGAGUCAAACCCCACACCUUCCAGCUUAGUUUAUUAAAACCUAUAAGAAUAGUGUGUGAAGCAACAGGAUGUACACUGGAGGUUACGGCACGUAAUCCGUUGCCGAAACACACAUCUGCUAAUUCAGAAGAACCAACACAAACAGUCCAAGCUGAUCCUGACAAGCGAUGGCUUAUUUCGGCUCCACUAGAAGUUCGAAAAACUAAUUCUUCAAGUGGUGAGCAAACCUUGGAUAGCAGUGGUAUUGGUAGUACCACUAAUGGAAGUGGUCGACGUCAGUUCUCCUGGGAAACGCGUGGCACAUUGGAACUACAUGCGAGCCUGAUGCCUCAGCUAUUAACAUUUCUUGCCGAUGUUGUGACACGUUAUCGAGCAAUUGAUUUAAUUCCAAAAGUUCAAUCACUAUACAGUAUAUCGGGUGAAAGAAGGUUUUUGUUUAAUCUAAAAGAUACUCGAUGGGGAAAACGAAUUCACAUUUCUCAAGUUACAGACCUACAUCGUAAUGUUAUCGGCAUUCCGUUAGAGGAUUUGGUUAGUUUUCGCUCAAGGUUAGAUACGGUGAUAAAAAGUUUAGGAUUGGAAGAUCAAUAUGCCAUACGCUCAUCUAUCCAUAGAAACACUGAAAAUAGAUCAACACAUAAGGAACAACGUACACGAGUUUCAUCUCAGGAUGUUUCCAAUGUGUCAGGCGGAGUGAAUGGCACAGAAAUAGACGUGAAGAACAAUCUAAUUGAUACUAGCAAUACAAAAAAUCGUACUCGUCCUUUACGUACAGAGAUAUCUUCACUUAAUAAUAAGGAAAGCAAAAAUGUAGGGAUAUAUGAUGGUGAAUCUGGACAACGUCGUAAUCAUGGUAGCAGGUUUGGAAGACGUAGUAAUUGGACGAAUGGAGGACGUGGACAUCCAGUGAAACGAAAAGAUAAGAAUCAAUUAUCUUCUAAUCGAGAUUUAAAAACAUCUGAUGAAACUAAACACAAUGAAGUAAACAUAAAUUCUAACAUACAGAAUUCACUCGAACCUGCUGUUGAAUCUACUCGAAUAACACCUACAGCUGAAGCCAGUGCCUAAGUACAAUGUUUUGGCCAUAUAGUUAUAAUGACUAUUCUGGAUAUGUUUAAACUUAUCAGACUAUAUGCUAUUUGUUUUCUCUGUGCAUUAGACAAUUCGGUAAUUAUUGUUUUACGUUUGUAUUAUCGCAAAAAACAGAUGAAUUCAAUUAUUUGUUUUUAAACUUUGAAGUAUUUCAAGUUGUAUAAUUAAACCUCUGAACGAAUGUUGUUUUUUUUCCAUUUUUUAAAGUUAAGCUCAUAUAUUGAGAGUUAAUAAAGCCAAUCAAAUUGUUCAUUCAUUAGAAAAAAUGCCAUUUACAUAUAUUCUCCACAUGUUUCAUAAAUUUGCCUGUUUUUGACAGAAAAGAAAAGAAACAUAUAUCUAUUCUCAUAGUUGAAAUCAUAAAUCAAUUGAAGCUAGACCACCAUGG